AUGUUUGGAACAUUGUUACGAUUAGAAGAACUGAAAGACAUCAAUAUUACUGAAUAUAAACAAAUAUUUGAGAUUGUUGAUAAAAGAAAGACAUCAUUAUCUAAUAAUCGUAAUCGUAUAACACGUUCAACAACAACAAGAAAUGAAAUUAGUUUAGAACAAAUAUUUGAUAAUAAAAUAGUUAAAUUUAUUGAUAAAAUUAUAUUAAAUAUAAAAGCUCGAUUUGAAUCAAAUGUAUUAAAAUUCCUCAAUUGUUUUCAUAUAUUUGAUGUGUCUGAAGUAACUAAUGAACAACAAUAUGGUAACAAUGAGAUUAAUACAAUCAAACAACAAUAUCCUAAUGAUUUUAAUGAUGACUUACUCGCCGAAUGGAAAGUAUUUCGCAAAUAUUUACUUGUACAAAAACAACAACAAACAUCUACAAUUUUCACACAACGACAACUGUGUAUUAAUUUAGUUAAAAAUGGGAUGAUAAGAGAAAUGUAUCCACAAUUAUCAUUAGCUGCUGAAAUAUUUUUAUGUGCACCAAUUAGUACAGCAACAGUAGAACGUGAUUUUAGUACAAUGAAUAGAAUAUUAACUGAUCUACGAAAUCGUUUAACAACAGCACAUUUAGAACAAUUAAUGAGAAUAUCAAUAGAAGGACCAUCUCAUUUAGAUAACGAUCUAAAAGAAUUGAUUAUCAAUUGUUGGAAAAUUAAAAAAUUACGAAAAAUUUCUAGCGAGCAUAACAAAUCAUUUUACGAAUAA